AAACACGUAGCUGUUCAGCCCACUCGGUAAGGUGAGGCUUUGAGUGUGGUAACAGGACCAGCCUUCUCCUAUUUGGCUUCCUCUGAGCCAACCACACCUCCACUGGCCACUAUCUAUGGUUUAACUCCCUUUGUUCUGAAGAGAAGGAAGACCCUUGUGGACCAGCAGUAGCCUACUCAGGCUGAAGAAAUGUCAACUAUUGGGAAUUUCGAGGGUUUCCAGCCCGUGUCGCUGAAACAAGAGGGAGAAGAUCAACUGUCGGAGACCGUGCACUUGUCCAUGGAGGAGGAGGACCCAGACAGUGGUCAAAUGCCCAGGGGGAUUUCACGGCAGUCCAGUGUGACCAAAUCAACUCUUUACCCCAAUCCUUACCACAAGCCGUUUAUCUCCAGGACAUAUUUCGUUGCACGGCCCGGGGCCAUAGAAACUGCCAUGGAAGACUUGAAAAGCCACAUAGCAAACACCACUGAAGAGACCAUUCAAGGAUUUUGGCUCUUGACAGAGAUAGACCACUGGAACAACGAGAAGGAGAGGAUUUUGCUGGUCACAGACAAGACUCUGUUCAUCUGCAAGUAUGAUUUCAUCAUGCUCUGCUGUGUGCAGCUACAGCAGAUUCCCCUGAGUGCUGUCCACCGCAUCUGCCUGGGCAAGUUUGCCUUCCCUAAGAUGUCACUGGACAAGAGACCAGGAGAAGGCCUUAGGAUCUACUGGGGGAGUUCAGAGGAGCAGUCUUUCCUGUCCCGCUGGAACCCAUGGUCCACGGCAGUUCCUUAUGCCACCUUCACCGAGCACCCUAUGGUUUACACCAGUGAGAAGUUCCUCACGCUUUGCAAGUUGUCUGGGUUCACGUCCAAGCUUGUUCCAGCCAUCCAGAAUGCCCAGAAGAAUUCUACUGCACCUGGAAGAGAAAAGGGACUGAUGGUGUUAACUCAACCCAUUUUGAUUGAGACUUAUACAGGGCUGAUGUCUUUCAUUGGAAAUCGCAACAAGCUUGGUUAUUCCCUUGCUCGUGGGAGUAUUGGUUUUUGAGCCUUUUUUGUUUAUUUGUUUUUAGUAUAUGUGUAUGCAUCAUGCAUAGAUGGUCCAUUAUUGAAGUAUUUGUUUCCAUCCACUGUGCUUUUGCACUGAACGUUAAUUACCUUUGAAUAGUCCUAAGGACUUUGAAUCCUGAGUACACAUUUUGGGUCUCAUAUGAGAAUAAUCAGUUUUCCUUAAAAACUGGAAAUAAAUAUUGUUGAUCCCAUCAAAUAAUGUUUUCAAAUGAGUUUCUGAUCGUAAACUCUGGAGACUGUGAGUUCUUCGUUUUCCUGGUUUUUAAAUGCAGACAUUUUCCAGGAAUUAAUCUUUAGGCCUCUGAUCCUGAUUUAUUUUCUCAUUAGGUUCUCAUCGUCUGUAUUAUGUUAGCUACCAUUUUUUAUGUCUAUGACUUUCAAAUAUAUAAACCCAUCUCAGACAUUUAUUCCAGAUCCAGUUUUACAUUUUUGUCUGGCAAACAUCGACGUGUUAGGGUUGCAAAAGCCUCUCAGAUUUAGGAUCUCCAAAAACCUAGAAUUCUUAGGAGCACUUUUAUGGUCUCAUUCAUCCAUUCCUGAAAUCCAAAGUUUCUGAUUUGUCAAAACUCCUUGCCAAAUAAUAUCCCAUAUCGUGCUACAACGAUAUGAGACUUAGUGUGGUAUGCUGUUACAGUUUAAUUCUGGAAUAGGUACUCAAAGCCUCAUGUAAUCAGGAUGAGACUUUGGAAGGUGAGUGAAUUAUGUAACUGCUUAGCUGACUUGCUGUUAGGAAGUGAAGCCUUGUACAGUUGGCUCAUGGAGACAGGACCUGAAGGUAUAUCUGCCUCUUGUACUCCUCUCUUCUCUCUCUCUCUGCUUCCUGGCCACCAUGCUGUGAGCAGUGUUUUGUUCACUGUAUCUUUUUGCUCCAUGACUAUGGGCCGAGACA